UUAGUUGAGUACAAACCGUCUAGCUUUGAUGACACCGGUACUGUCAGUUAGUGAAUCUAUCGAUAUACGAUUACCAUCUCAUUUCGUAGUGUGAUUUGAUAACUUAUCAAAUCAAUCAUAUCGUAUUUUGGUUCUGAUUUUUCGGCAGUGUCUUUUAAGUGAUAUUAGUUGUAAAUUUGUACUUAGUGAUGGCUCAGCUGCAAAAUGGACAUUCUAAAAAACAAUUGGAUAUUGCUAUUGUCGGCGGCGGUUUAGUUGGAUCGUUGGAAGCACUGUACAUGGCAAAAAGAGGUCACAGGGUCCAUAUUUUUGAAUACCGCGAAGAUAUACGAAAAACCCCGCUGGCUCGGGGCAGAUCAAUAAACCUCGCGCUUUCUGUGCGCGGGCGCACCGCCCUCAGGGAUGUGGGUCUCGAAGAGCAGAUGAUCCAAAAUCAUGGAAUCCCCAUGAGGGCCCGUAUGAUCCAUCGUCUGGACGGCUCUACGUACGCGAUACCGUACGAUGCUAGGACUAACCAGUGCAUAUACUCAGUUGGCCGAAAUUACCUCAAUGGACUUUUGUUGCAAGAAUCAGAGAAAUAUGAGAAUGUCGAGAGGCAUUUCAAUCACAAAUUGGUCGACGCAAAUUUACGGAAGGGAUCCAUGAAAUUCGAGACCCCUGGUAAAGAAAAUAUCGACGUCACAGCAGACCUGAUCAUAGGGGCAGACGGAGCGUUUUCAGCCGUCCGCAAAUGUAUGAUGAAGCAACCCCUCUUCGACUACAGUCAGAAGUACAUCGAACAUGGGUAUUUGGAGCUGUGUAUACCGGCCGAUGAGAGUGGUGGAUUCCAGAUGCCCCCCAACUACCUUCACAUCUGGCCUAGAGGCAACUUCAUGAUGAUCGCCCUCCCCAACCAAGACUGCUCCUGGACUGUGACUCUCUUCAUGCCGUUCACCAACUUUAAAACUAUCGACAGUGAGGAAAAGCUGCUCGGGUUCUUUGAAAAGUACUUCCCUGAUUCCAUUCCCUUGAUUGGGAAGGAGAAGUUGAUAGAGGACUUCUUUGGUGGUUCACCGUCUCCGCUAGUUGCUGUGAAGUGUCGACCCUAUCACGUAGAAGACAGAGCUCUAAUAAUCGGUGACGCAGCUCACGCCGUCGUUCCAUUCUACGGGCAAGGCAUGAAUGCCGGCUUCGAAGACUGCACACUCCUCGAUAAACUGUUCCAGAAACAUCAUGAUAGUCUUGCGGAGAUACUAGAGGAGUUCUCGCUUACUCGGUGGGAGGAUACGCACGCGAUCAGCGAUCUGGCGAUGUACAACUAUGUUGAGAUGCGUGACCUGGUGACGCGACCAUCAUACCGCCUUCGCAAGGCCAUGGAUGAUUUCCUCUUCUGGCUGGCACCUAACUUCUGGGUGCCACUUUACAACUCUGUCACCUUCAGCACCAUGCCUUACAGCCAGUGUGUCAAGAACCGCGAGUGGCAGGACAAGAUGUUAACGUAUUUCAUCAUAUCCGCGAUGUCAUCAGCGCUUUUGGGAUACUUCGUAAUGUCACGUUAAUCAUCUGUAGGUAUUUGUCACCAGUAUUUCAGCAAUUAUUUUAAUUAAAUCAUACAAUGACA